AUGGUAGAACCAUCAUCAUCCUAAAAUAAAGAUAAGAAUUAAAACACGCAACAAGAAGAAAGAAUCAUUACAUUUGAUGUUCCUUGUGAAUAAUAAAAUAUGAUAACUUCUUACAGACUAGUCAGACGUAAAGAGAUAGGAGGCCCAGCUAAUUUCAAGGUUAAAUACUCAGCAGCUAUUUUUCCAUAAUCUCGAUAGAGGAAAACUCUUGAGUAUCUUUAAAGAUAGAGUCAGAGGAAGAGCCAAACUAAAUUAAAUCAAUCUCAAAAUGAGGCAAGCAGAAAAAACGAUUAACAAUAGAUUGAAGACGAGCCAAUAACAAUGGAAAAUUUAGAGAAGGAUCAUGGAUUGUAUGUGAUUUGCAAGAAUACGCCCUCUACUGCUGGUAUUGUGAUCAUUAAAGAUUAUCUUAAUGGGGUUUAUGAGGACCUUGAUGUUCCGUUUAGUGAGAAUAUAAGAACCAGCUCAAUUGCAAUUAAUACUUAUCCCUUUAAAAAACUACUUAAGCCAGGAGAGCAAGUAAUUGAAAAUCUCUAGAAAUAUCAUAAUGAUGGAAAAACUUUGGCCACUACUUAAACACCAGAAUUACUCUAUCAAAACUCUGACUACUACCAUGAAGAUAUAGCACUCAUUAUGGGUACUAUGGAUGGAAGCAUUUAUAUAUUUGACCCUGUAAUUAGAGGCAAGCAACCUUUAAAGUUUUAUCAUUAAGAAUAAGACAAAUAAAGACAGUCUGUAGAAAUUGUGAGAUGGAUAGAGCCUAGCCCUUAAAAUAAGUUUUCAUCAAGAUUCCUAGUAGUAUUUUCUGAUAGCUCAAUUGCCUUUUAUCAUAAGGAUAAGGACUUUCAAUAAUACUAUGAUCCUGACAAAGAUUUCAUAAAAUCAAAGAAUGAUCAAAAGAUCUCAAAAGGCCAGAUAAUGAAGAGAAUGAAAACAUUUGUAAGUGGGUAUAGCUUUGAUGAUUAGUAUAAGAGUGGCAAAAAGUCAUCUGGCCAUGUGAAAAAAGAUAACUUAGAUCAAGCUCAAAGCAUAGUCCAUGGCUUUAGAAUUGAAUUCGAUCUGCUUAAAAUGAAGGAGAACAUCUGCUAUAAAAAGUUCUUGAAUUACAUUGCUGUUUUGUAUGACUCUACAUCCCCUGAGAUUAAUCCUUAUUAGAUGAUGAGAUUCGAUUGCAGAUCUAUAAAUGAUAUUAUUACUUUUUACCCAAAUCAGGACAGCAUGAUUUUAGCUGCUGCUUGCAAUGAUAGUUACAUAAGAAUAUAUGACUACAAGGAGAUGAAUAUGAUAGCUUGCCUUAAAGGUAUAUUUGGAGCACCUCUGAGUCUGGAUAUAAGUUCAGAUAAGAAUCUGCUUGCAGCUGGAUUCGAAGACGACACCUUUAUUAUAUAUGGAGUAAAGAUGAAUUUUACUCCUCUUUGCAGAGGUAUCGGUCAUAACUCUUUUGUAACACAAAUAAAAUUUGAUACUUACCUUACUGAAUAACUAAUCAAAGCCUAAAGACUAGAGGCUUAAAGACUACAAGAAAAAGCUAUACUCUAAGCCAAAGUAUUUGAUGAUAAACUUCUUUAAGGACUCAGAGACGAUCCUUAUAACUUCCCUAUUGAGGAAAACUAGACUUAAAUCUUAGCAGAAACCUAACUGAUAUAAACUAGACAGAGAAAAGAUUCAAUCAUACACUAGCUAAGAUAAACAACUUAAAGAAAGACUUCGAUGACUCCAGAGCAUUUCAACUAUAGAAUAGUAACAACUGGGGAUGACAGCAAGAUCUGUUUUUGGAUUUAUGAGAGAUAGGAAAACUAGAGUUUGAACUUUAGCUAGAAAAUGUCUCAUGCAGAGAUAGUAGCCGAGUAAAGCAAAAUUAUAAAACUAAGGCCAUUACAAUCCUUUAGCUUACCAGGAGGACAGAUUUAAAGUUUGACUCUCUCCAAUGAACACAUAUUUAUCGUCAACUGUGAUGGGCAAAUGACUAUCUUAAGAGGCUAAUACAGAUUAAAAAAGACGGCUGAAAAUGAAGGUGAUGAUGAAAUUGACGAGGAAAUCUAGAUAAAACCAGAUAUUAUUCCUCCUAAACACUAAGAUAAGUCAAAAGAUAAUUUCAUAGAGAAAACUGAGGAGAUUGAAUAAAAUCUAUCAAAUAAUAACAAAUGA